AUGCAGAUGCCAUGGUUUGCACGCGACGGCUCAGGGAAGGAGACUCUACUCCCUACCUCGAGCACUCCAGCCAUCAUGGAAUUGUCCACCUUCGACUCGUCCGAAAAUGGCAAACCAGUUCGAUCGCAACAUGCCCGAACUCCCUCAUCGCACGCCAGAAAUGUCGCGGAUGAAUUUUCCUAUAUGACGCCCAGCGAAGCCGCUGCGCGCUUGCGAACGUCGUUAACUCAUGGACUUACUGCCACCGAUGCCCUGACCCGACUGGGUGAUUAUGGCCCAAACGAGAUUCCCCAUGAUGAACCAGAGCCUCUUUGGUUGCGAUUUGUGAAGCAAUUCCAAGAACCGCUAAUUAUUCUCCUACUUGUGUCCGCGGGCAUGUCCGUCUUGUUGGGCAACUUAGACGACGCAGUGAGCAUUACAGUCGCCGUCACAAUCGUAGUGACUGUUGGGUUUAUCCAAGAGUAUCGGUCCGAACAAUCAAUUGAAGCUCUUAACCACUUGGUUCCAAACCAUGCUCAUCUGGUACGUGGGGGAUCCAGCAAACCUUCAGCGACUAUACCCAAAUCUCCUGCCUGGCCACCACCAUCCGACGACCCUGGCUCGACUGGCAGCUCUGGAUCGAAGACACCAGUAGAGGAUGCUAUGGAUGCCGUAUCAACCAAGGUUAUGGCCGGACAGCUUGUUCCCGGUGACUUGGUGCUGUUCACAACUGGCGAUCGGAUCCCGGCCGAUAUUCGUGUGACCAAGGCAACCGAUUUGACAAUAGAUGCCUCCAAUUUGACAGGGGAGACGGAACCGGUUCGAGUCACGGCUGAGGCGCGAACAAGACGAGUCAGCGCCCACGGAUUGAACCAUCUACAGCUUCCUCAUCCGCCAGCACUUGGGUCCGGGGGUCAUCAUAAAGGAGAUCCCGGCAGUGACACACACAACAUCGCAUUCAUGGGAACUUUGGUAACAUCUGGCCAUGGCCGAGGCAUUGUGUUCGCGACCGGUGGGAGCACACACUUUGGUACUAUAGCGACCAGCGUAUCUGGUACGGAAAGCCCUCGUUCGCCACUUCAACUGUCCAUGGACGAACUUGGUACCCAACUCAGUAAGGCCUCUUUUGUUGUCAUUGGCCUGAUUUCAUUAGUUGGAUGGUUGCAAGGCAAGAAGUUAUUGGAGAUUUUCACAAUUUCUAUUUCACUUGCCGUAGCGGCGAUUCCAGAGGGCCUUCCGAUUAUCGUAACCGUUACUCUAGCACUUGGCGUCCACAGAAUGGCACGACACAACGCAAUUGUUCGUAGAAUGCCCAAGGUCGAGACUCUUGGCUCUGUCAAUGUAGUUUGUACCGACAAGACCGGUACGUUGACUACAAAUCAUAUGACAACGUCUGAGAUGUGGUAUUUUGGAGCCGGGGACCCGAUCGACGUUGCCUCUGACAGCGAUUCCCUGGAUGAUAAGAGUACACCUACACUGUUGAGAAUUAUGCGCAUCGGAAACAUCGCCAAUAAUGCACGGCUUGCGCAAAAAUAUACCGAGAGCGGCGCCGCUGCUUCAGCAGUUUUGUCCUCUACGCUGGGGCGUGGGCAAGUAGCCACGAAUUCGAGAUGGGUCGGCCAACCCACGGAUGUCGCCAUGUUGGAUAUGCUUGAUAAGUUCAAGGAACAUGACAUUCGCGACUCCAUAGGACCGCGGGUAGCGGAAACGCCGUUCAGUUCUGAGAGAAAAUGGAUGGGCGUGACUAUUGGCUCUGAUUCCAAAGGAGAAAAAGAGUAUGCGUAUAUGAAGGGUUCAGUCGAAAAGGUUCUUACUGCAUGCAGUACUUACCUGGACAGUGACGGAAGAGAGAUUGUUCUUGAUACAGCUAGACGUGAAGAGGCUCUAGCAGCAGCCAAAACAAUGGCAAUGAAGGGACUCCGUGUUCUAGCUUUUGCCAGUGGACCUGUGUCCAAGUCUUUCAGAGGAAGGACCGCACAGGGAACUUCGCGCACUGGGACGCCGGAUCUCGAAAACAGCACAAAUUCAUCCCAGGAGGCCAAUGAGGAUGUCUACAGGGACUUGAUAUUUGCUGGUUUGGUGGGUAUGAGUGAUCCACCAAGACCUGGGGUUAGUCGUUCCCUCAAGAGGCUUAUGCGAGGCGGAGUCAAGGUUAUUAUGAUCACUGGUGAUGCUGAAACCACAGCCCUUGCCAUUGGCAAGCAGCUGGGCAUGAAUAUCGCGGUGGCUAGCGAACAUUCGAGUAGUCAAGGUACUGUGCGGCCUGUGCUUCUUGGAGAAGAGGUCGAUAACAUGUCGGAGGAGGACCUGGCCCUGGCCAUGCAGCAUACCACUAUUUUUGCUAGAACGAACCCGGAUCACAAGAUGAAGAUUAUCAAGGCUUUGCAAUCUCGUGGCGAUAUUGUUGCUAUGACUGGAGAUGGAGUCAAUGAUGCUCCUGCUUUGAAAAAGGCUGACAUUGGUAUCUCGAUGGGCCGCCACGGAACUGAUGUGGCUAAGGAAGCCGCAGAUAUGAUUCUCACAGACGAUGACUUUUCGACGAUUCUGCGCGCAAUUGAGGAAGGCAAAGGCAUUUUCAACAAUAUCCAAAACUUUCUCACCUUCCAACUCAGCACCAGUGCUGCCAGCUUGUCUCUUGUACUCUUGUGUACCUUUUUUGGCUUCAAAACUCCUUUGAACGCCAUGCAAAUUUUGUGGAUUAAUAUCAUCAUGGACGGACCUCCAGCUCAGUCCCUUGGAGUUGAGAAGGUCGAUCCCGAUGUGAUGAAUCGGCCCCCACGAAGACGCAACGACGCGGUACUUACCAGGGCGGUUCUUAUGCGUGUCCUAACAUCUGCUGUCAUCAUCAUGAUCGGCACCAUGCUAAUAUACAGGCACGAAAUGUUGGCCGAUGGACAAUCAACAACACACACAGUCAGCAACCUCGUCAACAAAGCCUCCGGGAGCUAUGUGCCACCCGGCCGGAUCUUCUCGUCGCCAAUGUCCUCUCUCCCCAAUGGCGUGCUUAAUCGCUACAGCACCACCGAUGGCAAGGACAUGAAGCCGAAAACUGCCACACCAUCGCCCCUCAACGAUGUCUCAUGCGCGGCCGAACUGCGCGCCGCACUGGCAACGCUGCAUGCCCGGGAAUCCGACAUAACAGCCCGUCUCGACUCCUUGAUCGCUUCACAGGCCGACCUAACACGAGACCUCGGCCGAUUGGAUCUGUUGCGAGCCGGUCUGGGUGCUCAGGUCAUCGCUGCGAGAUCCAUUAGCAAUGACAUGCUCUCAUCCGCAGCCGAGACUGCGGGUAGGCUCAGCAACAGGGUCAAGGAGCUGGACCUGGAGAAGAGCCGUGUAGAAGACACACUCGGCGUGGUUGAGCAAGUUGCCGAGCUCAAAGCCUGUGUCAACGGCGUGGUGGGCUCCAUGGGCGCGCCACAGGACUGGGAGGCAGCAGCUGCCUACCUGGACCGAGCAAGCAAAGUUCCAGAAGAAAUCGCCCGGGGAGCUUUCGCCUCAAGCAUAGUUCCCAGCGUGGAGGUACCCGACCCUCCGUGGGUGACGCUGGAGACGGCAAGAGAGUCUCUUUGCGGGCUCUUCUUGCGGGAGUUUGAAAAGGCGGCUGGAGAUGGGGACGGCACAAAGGUUACCCGAUUCUUUAAGCUGUUCCCCUUGAUUGGACGAGCUGACGUUGGGCUGGACGUGUACGGGCGAUAUGUCUGCCAAGGGGUAGCAGGGACGGCUCGCGCCACACUGAAGGACAGUGUCGGCGCUCCUCACGGCAGGAAGGAGGGAUUCUUCUACGCCAAUGCAUUGACGAGGCUAUUUGAACAUAUAGCGCAGAUCGUGGAAAGCCACGGGGGUCUUGUGGAGCGGCAUUAUGGUGCUGGCAAGAUGGCCCGUGUGAUUGAGCGACUACAAAUGGAAGCGGAUGUUCAGGGUGGCAUUAUCAUGGAUACUUGGAGCGAUGAGCGCGGUAUUGACAGGGUGAUUACCGAUGUGAAAAGUUAUCCCUUUUCGUUUUUGGUGCAGAGCUUUCUGCCACAGGCGCCCAGAAGUGGUGCGCCGCGGGUCAAUUCCCCAGCUGUGGGUGGCGGGAAUCCCCGUUCCAGCGAGGAUGAGGGUGUCAACAUGAAAGAAGUGGAUGGGCUGCUGAACGAGAUUGCCCUUAUGCUUGGAAGAUGGUCACUCUAUACGCGGUUUCUGUCUGGUAAAUGCAUGAAAUCAAUGUCGACAUCACAGCGGGAUGUUAUUGCAUCCGUCAUUCCGACUAUUGGCCGAGUCUUGGGCUCUGAUUUCAUUGGCAUGGUGCAGCGCAAGAUGAGAGACGAAUCUUAUCCGAAGCCAGCCGUACACGGCGGCUUUCCCCCGGAAGACAAAAUCAUCCAGUUCAUUGUGCUCAUCAACAGCCUGGAUAUGGCAAAUGAAUACUUGAGCAGAAUCAUCGGCAGCCGAGUCGUGACAGCCGAAGGCCAAGCAAAUGGCGUAACACUACACGAGUCUUUGAAAGAUUCGUUCCCAUUCGACAAGGAUAACACAUUUGCCGCCAACACGCUACACUCCCUGGAGACCAGCUUCAUCAACAAGUCCUCUGAGCUCCUCAACGAAGGUAUCCAAGUCCUCUUGACUCAAGUCGUCAAGCCUCGAUUACGGCCCAUUUUCAACGAUACUUUCCGGGACGUGGAUUACACUCUGGACGAAGAAGACGUGGCGGAAGUGGCAGAGCAAAAUGACGAAAACGUAGGGGACAUUCUUGACCAGGUUUCGAGACGAUUCGAACAUGGCUGGGAUCAGCUAAUGAAGCCGAUUGCACGCAUAAUGACGCCCGGGACAUUCAGAACGCUACUAGACAUCACAGCUCGAUACCUGUCCAGGAUCUUGGAGAAGAGGAUAUUGAGCUAUGCCGGGAAGACGAGUCCGUUCGGCGCGGUCCGCAUAGAAAGGGACUUUACCGGCAUCGUAAACAUCGUCUCCAAGGGGGAUUAUCGUGUCAGGGAGGCGUUUGGCAAAGUGACUCAGCUGCUCAUGGUGGCUAAUAUGGAGGACGACGAGUGGGAAGAGCUUGGCAAUGACGAAGACGCUAUUGAAUGGGUGUUGACGGAGGAGGAGAGGAGAAGGGCGAGGGGGCUGGUGAAGGGCUAA